CACGAGGCGCCGCGGCCGGGCGGGAAGGUGGCGGCGGCGUGGGGCGAGCGCGGCAGAUUAUACUAUCCAAAGUCUUUCUAUUUAGAAACUCAGCAACUGAUUAGUGAAGUAUGCGGUACCUUCAUAAUGUAACUCCUACUUUUAAAAAGGUAUUUGCUUAUUUUCCAGUGAGGAGACCUCUUGUUUUCUGUUAAAUGCUGUUAUCCCAAGUGUUAAUGGAUUUCCAGCUAUUAAGAGAACGUGAAAAGUGGAGGAACUGCAAUUAAUUUCAGUACUGUAAUAAUCAAAAUUAUUUUUGGCACUGAGGGUCUGAAUAUCCUUGCUCUUUAUGGAGACAUCAUAUGUAAAAAAUGUCUAAGGCUUUGUAAAACUGUUGCCCAAUAGACUGGAACAUGGAGACACAGCUAGAGCCCAUGAAGGAUGACUUGCCCUUAAUGGCCAACACUAGCUACAUGCUUGUAAAGCACUAUGUAUUGGAUUUGGAUGUGGAUUUUAGAAGUAAAGUUAUUGAAGGCAUCAUAGUUUUAUUCUUUGAGACUGGGAGCCAGUACAGGAAAACCAGCAGUACUGGCAAAGAAGGCUGCCGGUCACAGUUUGAUGAAGCCUGUAAAAGGAGGGCAUCUGAACCCUGCCACAUUCCUGUGCCAAACCUGAGUGCCUGUUCAUCUAAAAUGGAAUGUAAUGAUUUUGCUGUCUGUGGUAAACAUGAAGAAGAUACUUCUGAUAAAAAUGGUAACCACAGCAAUGAGGAACAGGCUUCUGGGAUGUCUAGUUCAAAGGACUGCUGUGACAUAGAGAAUCAUGGGAACAAGGAUUUUCUGCUGGUAUUGGACUGCUGUGAUUUAUCUGUGCUAAAGGUUGAGGAGAUAGAUGUUGCUGCUGUGGCAGGCAUUGAAGAAUUUGUAAGGUCUGCCAAGCUAACGGAUAGUUCAAAGGAGCUGGAAAAUCUCAGGAAUCAGAUUGUACAUGAACUUGUGGCUUUACCUGCAGAUCGCUGGAAGGAGCAGUUACGGUAUUUCACUUGCUGCAGCCAGGCGCCUGGCUGUGGAGAGCUUCUGUUUACUACUGACACUUGGAGCUUGGAGAUAAGGAAAUCAGGAAUUCAGACGCCAGCAGACUUUCCUCAUGCAAUAAGAAUAUGGUACAAAACCAAACCGGAGGGAAGAUCUGUUACAUGGACUACAGACCAAAGUGGCAGGCCAUGUGUUUAUACGGUGGGAUCGCCGAUAAACAACAGAGCCCUUUUCCCAUGCCAGGAACCACCAGUUGCCUUGUCGACAUGGCAAGCCUCAGUCCGAGCAGCUGCAGGCUUUGUUGUGUUAAUGAGCGGUGAAAACUCAGCAGAACCAGUCCAGCUUCGAGAAGGUAUCUUGAGCUGGUACUACUAUGUGACUAUGCCAAUGCCAGCAUCCACCUUCACUAUUGCCGUGGGAUGUUGGCAGGAGGUUAAACAGCAGUCCUUCACAGCUGCUAUCCAGUCAAACAUUGAGUUUUCCUUGCCAUCUUCACAAGCUGAUUUCAGAUGGCAUGAUGAAAUCUGCGGUCAUGUGGAAUAUCCCUGCCGUUUCCAAGAUUCUGCUGCCAGGUUGCAGGCAGUAAUUCCUUAUAGAGUCUUUGCUCCCUGGUGCCUUAUGGAACGCUGUGAAGAAUGUUUGAUUCAGCUAAUUCCUCGGUGCCUCUCGGCUGCUUACACCACACUGGGUACCCAUCCCUUUUCCAGGCUUGAUGUUUUGAUAGUUCCUUCCAACUUUUCCAGCCUAGGAAUGGCUAGCCCACACAUCAUCUUCCUGUCACAGAGCGUACUACUGGGAGGGAGCCAUCUCUGUGGAACACGUCUGUGCCAUGAAAUUGCUCAUGCUUGGUUUGGACUGGCCAUUGGUGCUCAUGAUUGGACUGAAGAGUGGAUAAGUGAAGGGUUUGCCACUUUUUUAGAAGAUACAUUUUGGGCAAGGGCACAACAGCUGUCACAUGGUGAAGUAAAAGGGCAGCAGGAACUGAAAGCUUUACUUCGCUGGCGCCGACUCAGAGAUGAGGUGCAGAACUCUGAAGAAGAGCUGCAAGUUUUAAGGCCCAAAAAGGAGAGCACAGGAGAACUGAGUGAGUCUGGAGCAUCCGUUGUCAAACAUGGUCUUAAAGCAGAAAAAAUCUUCAUGCAGGUUCACUACUUGAAGGGUUAUUUCCUUUUGCGGUUUCUGGCAAGGGCAAUUGGAGAGGCUUCAUACCUUGCAUCUUUACGAAAAUUUGUCCAUAAAUUCCAUGGGCGGCUUGUCCUUUCUCAGGAUUUUCUUUGUAUGUUGUUGGAAGACAUCCCUGAGCAACAGAAAUCUGGGUUAACUGUAGAAAGUAUCAUCCAGAAUUGGCUUGACACUCCCGGAAUACCAAAGUAUCUGAGGACUGCUGGCAAGCCAACAAACCGGCACUGAUUCAGUGUUCACCUUAGAUAAAACAGCCUGCUUACUGUAUCAAUGUUGAGUGUUUUAGCAUUAGAGUAGCACAGACCAGCUGAAGUUAUAGACAACUUACGCAAAGGAAAAGUGCAUGAUUUUAAGUUUUCAUUGAGUUAUGAAAUACCAUUAGUGGCCAUCACAGCCUGACCAAUUAUAAACCAGUUUCUGUUUCAAUUUAAAAUGAAACAGCUGUCCGUUGCACAAAUAUGCUAUUGUUUUCUAGGCUGUGUACAGUUCUGAAAGUUCAUUGUAUGCAUGGGAUCUGGUCUGAGCUGAAGAAUAGCUGGUGUAAAUCAUUGCCUCAGUUAUAUACCAGGAUACUGGGCCUGUCUUCGCCCAGCUGGUAGAAAGUGCUGCCUCCUCCCCUCUGUUUCAAAACUGGGUUAUGUUUAAUCCUGCUGCUGCAAGAAUGAAGGAUCCUAGCAUGCUUUGACAUGUUUAAAUGCUUGUUCCCGAUCCAAGUGUUACAUAGGACAGUGCCAUUAGCAAUCUCUGGAAGGAAGUCUUCCUAAGUCAAGAAGGAUGUGGAGGAUGGGCUAAUCUCUUAAUGUCUGUUGUGAAGGGAUUAAAGUAUGGCAGUUGGUGUUACGUGGACAACAAACAGGACUGUUGAUGGAGGGUGAUGCAGUCGUUCUCUCUUUAAAUUGGGUGUGCCAUCACCAUUUUAUCUAGUGUAAGCUAGCUCCUUCCUUUUGGAGUAUGGAAGAAUACAGUAGGAGACAAAAUGUUGUUAAAAACAUCUUUUCUCCCUCCCCUGCUCUUUUCCUCUUCCCGCUCCCCCCCCCCCCCCCCCCCGCCCCUUUUCCCUGCCCCCCCGCCCCUUUUCCCUGCCAUCUCUUCCACUCCCAGUUUUCCCAGCAAAACUUCCCAGUCUGGUCAUGAGCUAAAUCUUACCAAACCAUCACUUAAGUGGAACUAACAGUUGACUAACAGCUGCUGUGCUGUGACCACCGCUUGUUAGGCCCACCCUGUUCUCCUCAGUGCUUGCUUUCCUCGGCAGGCUGUCUGUAAGUCCUGUUGGCUCUUACCCCAUGUUACAGCGCAGUCAUCUUAGAGCAGAUGAGCAUUCAAGUUAUGAUUUGCACAGCAGCCAGCACCAGGGGCCCCCAGGUGUUGGCUCCGCAAGGUAUAUUACCAUUAUAAAAACUCAGCAACAAUUCCAGUUGAGUUUCCUUCACUGCUGUGCAGCUACUAACAGGAAAACGGGAGCUACCUCUGAGUUUUAACACCCAAUGUGUUUGCAUAUUCAGGGAUUUCCAUCCCAUAUUGGUCUCAGGGUCUGCAGGGCUGAAAGGCAAUGUGUCAUCUAACUUUUUUUCCCUAGCUUUCUCCAAGCAUUUGACCGGAGUGGCAGUUAGUUCUUUAAAGGAUUUAAAGUAUAAAUUGUUUCAUUGUUGCUAUGACCCCGCAUUUCCCAUAACUUCUUCUGUGGGAAUGCACAAUCUAAUCUGUUAACUGAUUGAGCAGAAUAUUGUUUAGGUAGUUGCAUUAGUGUGUGUUUGCUGUUAAAGUAAAUUUUUGUUUAUAUUCUUGUUGAUUCUCUUUGAACAAUGCUCUGUGCUUCUUCAUUUCAAAUGCACACAGUUCAAGAGUCAAUUUACAGGAGCUUAGAGAAUUACCAUUUAGUAGACGAUCUGUUGUGGCUGUACAAAAUGAAAAUAUGUUGUUGAUACCAGUUUCAAGUAGACCUGUUGUGAGUGUGAAAUAAAAAUCUAUAGUAAAUUUUUCUACUGUGAUAUCUUUAUUAAGAAGUUCUUCUUUGUGUAAUGCUUCGUAGUGAAGUUGCUUCUAUUUAAAGCAUUGAGUUUGAUCUUGGCUUUGAUCUGAAGCUUUUGAUCUUGAAAGAAGGAUGUUGUGGCAGUAAAAAAAAAAGGGUAGGAGAGAGGUUUUCUCCUUUGUUUUUACAUGAUAAAGGGAUACUGUCAAGAUUUAGUAUGCACUAAUUGGACCUACCCUUGUUUACUUACAUCUGUUUGCAAAGUGCAUGCAGUUUUGUAUGUGGGAGGGUUUGCUCAAAUACAUGCUUUAAUGAGCCUUACUCUUUUUACAAGAGCACAGAUCUUUCGUUUGAAGCUUUCGGGGGAUUGUCAUCUAUAGCACAGAGUAUCAAUUAUUUUUGAAAUAGUGAAAAUACCUUACUAGCAUUAUUUUUACUAUACCAAGUGUGAUGCAGUCGUAUCUUUUAUUGUCUCAUUUUAAAUGCUAAAUAUGAAGCACUUAAUAAAAUCCUGACCGAAGAA